AUGGGAGGAGGACGAGAAGCCCACGCACUUAUAACAUUCCCAUCGAGAUCGAUUAAUCUGGAUUUUUCUAUUCAUGGGUUGGGUCUAUUCCUGGAAGUAGAUUCUCGUGGUUCGAAGCGAAAUCUCCAUGUAGCAGGGGAAAAUGGCUGCCGGAACUUGGUCCUGAAAAAUGCAAACUUAGUCAGGCUAAGCGCAAUGAAAAAAGACUAA